AUGGUGUGGAAGUGGAGAUUUUGGGUAAAAAGUCGAUAGUUUUGAACAUGUUUGUUAGAAAUAUGGGUUAAUCCAGAUACUUUGAGGGUUUAUCUGUCAGUUUGACUCCAAAAUCAGGCCUUGCCGCCAGUGAAACACCUGUUUUUUGCUGUUUUUAUCAGUGCUUUGAACAAAGUGUUAUAAAUUUGACGUUAUCUUUACUAAUUGUAGAUCUCCAGUGAUAAAAUUUGAUAUUUUUUGGAUCAAUACGGGCUAGUCUUUCUGUUUUAUCCAUUGUUUUAAAAUUAUCUUGCACUUUUUUAUUUUUUAUAUUACACUAGGUUGGUCAAGAAACCUUUACAAUUUUGUUUAUUUCGGUGUGUAACUACUUCAGCAGCUUUCUCCAUUUUCCCUAAAAUUCCAAAUUAAUUUAUCUGGCAAAAGAACGGCGGAACCACCAAAAACUACUUGCUCUUUGACACACCCCGAUUCAAAUGAUUUCUCCAUUUUCUUUAUGAAUAAUAUCAGUUCUCUUCGCGUUGCAUUUGUCCGUGAUUGUCUUAUCAAUUUAAUGAAAUGAGCCGGAAUCGAACCCCUAAAUUCUUUCAGAGCACCAUGUUUUCCUGGUUAACGGGCCAGAAGAAGGAGAAGGAAGAUGUAAGUGGUUUUCUUUUGUUUUGCUUCCGUUUUUAGGUAUCUCACGUGCAGAAGAGGGAUUAGAACACAUAUUUGACUAAAGUUUAUCCAAAACGGUUGGGAUUGAACGUUUUUUCUGUGGGAAUUUCUCACCAACCAUCUAGUGUAAAAUGCUUAGGUGUUUUGGGAUCUAAAUUGACUAUAUUUUUUGUGAAUAAUGGUAAAGGGAUGAUGUGAAUACAUUAUGUUUUGCUUAAAUCUCUGUGGAUUGUACGACACGAGCGGGAAAGUCGAUUUCAGAUGGAAAAGUGUAGGUGUUCAUGGAGGAUAUAAGUUUUGCUUUAUUUGAGGUGUUAAAAGUUGAGUAAUAGUUAGGUCAUAUAGCAACGGGUAUUAUGGUGUAUGGGAGACAGAGUUUCGAUUUAAAACUAGGAUUUUUUAGUAGUUGUACCUAAAAUAAAAUCUAUUUUAGUUUUCAGUUAAAAAUUUUUGAUUUAGGUUUUGGAAAGCGUCAGUGAUGGCCUCAAAAAGAUUUACAAGAACAAGCUCUUGCCCCUGGAAGAGUAUUACAAGUUCCAUGACUUCCAUUCGCCGGCUAUGGAUGAUCCCGACUUCACAGCCAAGCCCAUGAUCCUUUUGGUUGGUCAAUAUUCUACCGGGAAAACGACAUUUAUCCGAUAUCUUCUUGAAGAGGAUUUCCCGGGGAUCCGAAUUGGUCCAGAGCCAACAACCGACAGAUUCAUUGCUGUUAUGCACGAUGAGUCGGAAGGUGUUGUGCCUGGAAAUGCAUUGGUGGUUGACUCCAAGAAACAAUUUAGAGCCCUUUCGAAGUUUGGCAACGCCUUUUUGAACCGGUUCCAAUGCUCCACAAUGAAUAAUGACGUCCUGAAGAGCGUCACCAUCGUGGAUACACCUGGAAUUCUGAGUGGAGAGAAACAAAGGUCAGUUUUUGGAGGUGAUAUCUAGUGUAAUAUAGCCGUUGAUCAAGUGGUUAAUUAUAGAUACGAGAGAGUUUAGUUUAAGUAUUUUCGCGGACAUUGUGGCAAUUUCCAACUUAUGCGACCUUAUUUUAGCCAUUAUUUAGAGCUUGAGCACCCCGUGUUUGCGUGGUUUAGUGGUAGUGAGUUGAAUUCGCGAAUUGAUCGGCUGUGGUUCAAAUCCCAGCUUCUGAAAGUGUAUAAAAGUAGGUAGUAAACUAAUAUAGCGUUAUCAUACCAUGGUCACGGAGCUUCCAGAAUGAUCUGUGGACUACUUCCGAUACGCUGAAAGGAACGUUGUUUGCAACUUGGGCACUGCCUAAAUGCGGUUGUUCAUUACUGAUAAUAACUACAUUUUUUUGAUUACUUUUGAGAUUUAUUGUAAACCAAAGGCUUAAAAAAUGAAAAUAGAUUAUAGCUUGCAAUUGGUUAACUUAUUUUAGGUAUAAGUUUAUGGUUGUUGGAAUAAAAAUUUUCUAAUUAUCAUUUUUAGAAUUGACCGAGGAUAUGACUUUACUGGUGUUCUGGAAUGGUUUGCCGAGAGAGUGGACCGAAUCAUCCUCCUCUUCGAUGCCCACAAACUUGAUAUUUCCGACGAAUUCAAACGCUGUAUCGAAGCCUUGGCUGGUAAGUCCUUCCUUUCACUUUUGUUAUUUUUGAUAUUUAGGUAACGAGGAUAAGAUCCGAAUUGUCCUAAACAAGUCGGAUAUGGUCGACCAUCAACAACUGAUGCGGGUUUAUGGAGCUCUGAUGUGGUCUCUGGGCAAGGUAAGCUGGUGAAACUUUUGCGAAUGUUUUGAUUGUGAUGGUGUUAUUGUCCAUUUUUUAGGUAUUCAAAACUCCGGAAGUAGCUAGAGUUUACAUUGGCACCUUCUGGGACCAUCCCCUUCACUAUGACAUCAAUCGGCGCCUCUUCCAAGAUGAGCAACAUGAUCUCUUCGCCGAUCUUCAAGGCCUCCCCAGACACGCAGCUCUCCGCAAAUUGAACGACCUCAUCAAGAGAGCCCGUCUGGCGAAGGUUCAUGCUUAUAUCAUCGCCGAAUUGAGGAAACAAAUGCCAUCGAUGAUUGGCAAGGAGAAGAAAAAGAAGGAAUUGAUUCAAAAGCUGGACAAGAUCUUUGAGCAGCUACAGAAGGAGCACAAUAUAUCGCCUGGAGACUUUCCGGAUGUCGACAAAAUGAGGGAGAACCUCCAGAAUGUUGACUUUACCAAGUUUAAUGCGAUCAAACCAAGAUUAUUGGAAGUGGUGGACGAAAUGUUGGCCAAUGAUAUUGGUAAGUGAUUGGAUUGAUGUUUUAGAGAUGUUGUAGAGAAGGGAAGGCGUUUUGGAAAUUUUCUUUGAAGGUUUUUAUUGUCUUUCGGAAAAUUUGAUGACUAAGACAACAUGAUUUUAGCAAGGCUCAUGUCCCAGAUCCCUCAAGAAGAAGCGCAGGCCGCCAAGGAGGCGGGAAGCGAGAACGGUCAAUUCAAACAACCAGAAGUACAGGGAGGCGCUUUCAAGUCCGAAUCCGAGGGAGCAACGCCGUUUGGAUUCGGAAAAGGCGAAGGAUUUGAUAAAGGCGCAGAUGAAAGCGAAUGGAUUGUGGGCAAGGACAGGAUCGACGCCGAUGAACAGUUCGCCGACCUCGGACCUGUGGACGGAAAGCUCUCCGGCCGAGUGGCCAAGGAACACAUGCUCAAGUCGAAACUCCCGAACUCGGUCCUCGGAAAGAUCUGGAAGCUGGCCGAUGUGGAUAAGGAUGGAAUGCUGGACGCGGACGAGUUUGCCCUGGCCAAUUACUUGAUCAACUUGAAGCUGGAUGGACAUGAGUUGCCCGCCGACCUGCCUGCUCAUUUAAUCCCACCGUCGAAGAAGAACAACAGCGAUAAUGACUCGGGAAUGUACCCAAAACUGGAGGAUUAA